AUUUGCUCUCUGGCUUGUGGCCGUGUUCAUGAGAAAGAUCAUGCCACUGAGGUGUUCUUGUUCCUUCGUCCCGCCCGAUACAUGAAAGCGCUGCUUCUCCAAGCUAUGAUCCGGCCUGGUUUUCCCCUCAUUUCGUCCUAGAUUGCCGCUUUAGUCACCUCUCCGACAUUGCCCCUCAGGACGAAAAGCGCAACGGUUUCCGUAUCCCCGAGCACUGCCAGUCAAAAAUAAACCCUUGCGAUGAACCAAGAUCCCUCAUUGGCAUCAUGGUCCGGCCAUAUGCCUGAAGAUUCUCUGAUUUCUGGCUCUAGCGAGGACCUGUCAAAUCUGCUCGACUUUGACUUUGAUCUGGCCGACUUGGGAACUCCAGUUGACCAGCAUGGCAACCCUAUUGCCACCUCGGCCUCACAAGUGCCGACUACUCUGGUGCAGGAUGCUCAGUUGACGGGAAUGGAAGGGAUUCAGACCUCUCAACCUCAGCAGUAUGCGACUUCAUUUACUGAUCAGAUGCAAUCCAUUGAAAUGCAAGGAGUCACUUGCACUCAGGCGCAAGUGAAUCCGACGCAUUUUUAUCUUCAGAAGCAGCACCAGCAUGGAAUCGUUCCCCAGGGCUUCGGGCAACCCCAUCAGUUUGUCCCACCCACUCCAAACAGCACCGAGUUACACGGAGGUGUCGCACGGUACCCCCCUCCAUUAGACACUGGGGCUCAGCGACGAUACGAACCGUAUACUCGCGGAACUGAUGACCAGGGUGCUUUCACACCAUUGAUAUCGCCUGCAAUGACCCCUCUGGAGCAGCAACUGCGCUUUCCAGAAUACGCAACUCCCGGUGAAUAUCUAACGCCGUUGACAUCGCCUGCCCUCGAGGCACACAACCACAAUGGCAACGGAUUCAUGUUUAGUCAGACUUCGGGGGUGGAUAUGGGUUUUGUCACUUCACCCGUAGACGCGAGACAUCAGCUACCCGCCAGCACAGCUCCGUCGUCUCCUGCAAUUCUCAGGCGCCAUAGGCGAAAGUCUUCCAUUGCACAGAGGUCCAAUGCUCGUCAAGUUCGUCAGUCUCCUUCCAUGAGACCGAUGAGCAGCCGUCAAAAGUCUCGGCCAGGUUCUGCAAUCAUCCCUGGUGGUGACAUGCGAAUGUGGAACAGAGAUCUUUCCCAGGAUCCCUCGCUGUCAGAUAAACGGAAUGGUUCGCGACAAAGUAGCAGUACCGAAAGCUCAGGCCAAGAUUCCGUGUCUCCAGAGCCGUUAAGCGAACCUUUGAUGCCGCCACCAGCCCUCCCACGUGCUUUUAAGUCACCAUAUAUGGCUGCACAGGAGUCAAGCUCGGAGCAAAGAGCGAGGGAAGCCGCGACUCCCGCAACAUUGAUGAAGUUGCAAAGCCGGCCAACCGAAGCCAACUCUAGUGCCAAUUUCUCGCGACCCGGUUCUGUUGUAAUUUCAAAUGUCCCCGAGGAGACAAUGGAAGAUAUCUCACUUCCAGAAGCGGCAUCAAACGUUGAUCAGGCUGCUACUUCAACCAGUAGUACGAUCACUGAUGCGAAUGAGCUUACGCCGAGAUUAGCCGCAAAGCAGACACCGGUUUUGAAGUCGUUGAAGGAAACAAAUGGCCAAGGCACUGCUUCGGUGACUCCAAGCCCGCAAAUAGGUGCGAUGAAAUCUCCAAUGGGGCCGGUUGGACUUAAAAGGGCAGAUUCUAGACCGGGAGGGAGAACGUCUAAGAAGCGGCAGAGUGGAAGUACUUCACAGAUCAGCCCGGCCUUGAGACCGAAAAUAAGUCCAAGCAUACAGCCUCUUAUUCGUGCAGAAGGAAUUUCAUCUGAGACAUCUGCCCUCUAUCUUGCCUCGAAAUCAAACUAUCAACAUAUCCUGGAGGGAACAGUUCUUCCAGGGGUCUCAUAUCCGGAAAAUUUGGCUGAGAAUUUGAGUUCGAAACGCACAAAUCAUAAACUUGCAGAACAAGGACGACGGAACCGCAUUAACACCGCUCUUAAAGAAAUAGAAAGGCUCCUGCCUCCUUCCUUGACACACGACGGAAAUAAAGACAAGGAUAAAGAUAAAGCCGCUGAAGGUCGAGCGAAUGGAACGUCUUCCAAGUCUCCAGAUAAACCCGCAUCCCACCAGCCAAUUAGCAAAGCUAGCACAGUGGAGCUAGCCAUUGUCUAUAUCAAAGCGCUGCAACAAGAACUUGCUGAAACGAAAAAGCAAUUGAAAGACUUGACAACAAAAUUAGACGGGACCGAAAAUCCAAACAUAGCUGUAGAGAAAGUCAAUUCCGAAAAGACAGCAACUCAGCCAGGCAAAUCCGACCCUGAAGCGCCCAAUGCCACCCAGAAAACGACAACUGCAGAGGAACCAAACCCUGAAAACGAUGAAUCAAAGGCCGCGCAAUGAACGCAAAAACCGUCCGUCUUAUCCUCGCGAAAAUCUUCUCCGCGUUCUAUUCUUCUAUGAUUAUUCCCUUAAAAAAUUUUUUUUUUUUUGUUAAUAAUUGCGUUUUCUCCACAUAUAUGCACAAAAUGUCAGCUGGUAUAAUACUCCCUCAGAUUCGCGUUGCGGUCAACUCCUAUCCUUAAUGUGACAGACUCAUCUUCGAUGUCAGAUGGACCCGUCUUUUGGUAGGAUUACGUUUCUGGGGACUUAUGUUGUUCGCUACCUCUCUUCUUCUUUUUCUCCUUUUUUUCGUGUAUAUCCUCCGAACCCGGUGCAUUUGGCGGGGAGCUGUUAUUUUCAUCGCACCGUGAAUUAUCAUUGUUCCAAUCAUUCAGCGGCGGGGACGGUAGGUAGGUCUGGGUGGACAUCUGCUACAAUUUUUAUGCUCUAUGUUUUGUCCCUCAAAUGAUUUCUGGUUUCUCGCUUUUUUCUUUGUUUAUAUAUAUAUUUUAUAUUUUUUCAUUUUUUCCGUUUCCUUUCGCUACUCGAGAUGCGAAGCACUACCAGCAUAUAAAAAAAAAUUUGUGCCAUUAAAGUAUCCGUUAGCUAUUGAUCCUAAGGUUUAUCCUAAAUUCUAAUGUGUAGAAUAGAGGGUAGAUAGCUGCUGAUGGUUUUUCCAUUAUUCAACUGGCCAGGAUGGAAAUCAAUAUGUGGGUGUUCUA